CUUUACUUUCGUCUCUACACGUGUGACAGGAACUGUCCAAACCCUUCAGGUGAUACAUCAUCAAUAUGCCAUCGAUCUGCAUUCAGCUCUAUGUCCUGGGCCUCCUGGUGCUGAUGGGGUCAAGAGCAGAGGACGUUUCUGUUGAAGGCAGCAUAUCCAUCAAGACCACCUCCACUUCUACUGAUACCCCCUCUACAGCCAGCCCGAGCCCCUCUACAGCCAGCCUGAGCCCCUCUACAUUCAACCUGACCCCCUCUACAUUCAACCUGACCCCCUCUACAUUCAACCUGAGCCCCUCUAUAGCCAGCCUGACCCCCUCUACAUUCAACCUGACCCCCUCUACAUUCAACCUGAGCCCCUCUACAUUCAACCUGAGCCCCUCUACAGCCAACCAGACCGCCCAGACUACAUCGUCAGGGUUGACAGCCCUCAGCCAAUCACAGGGCAGGGAGACCACUGCAACCACGGAAACCACAACAUCAUUACCAAUUUCAGCUACAAGAGGAAGUGACAUUGCAGGCUAUGUAAUCCUGUUUCUCAUAUUGUUGGCUGUUGUGUGUCUGGUGGUGAUUCUCUAUAUCCUGAGGAAGAAGUCCAGGAGGUACUCGUUUGAUCUGCAGUAUCCAGGUUAUGACCACGACACCCCCUCACCUGCAUGGAACAACCCGGAACCUUCGAACCCAACAACGAUCAGGAGAUCUGGGUGUCUGAGAGAGAGGGUGGUGAUGAGGAUCGCCAUGCUAUGAGCCCUGUAGCUAACGGCUCAGCUAUGGGGGCUGGAGAGACUGGUUCU